AUGGGAGAAAAAAGAGGUUUCCUGCUUCAAGUGUCCUUCGUCUGGGUGCGCUGGUCGUUCCCUUUGCGUUUCCAGCACUCGCGGAACGCCUCCAUCUGUAUCAAAAUCACUCUUCAGCUCAAGGGCUCCCAUUUGCCUGUCCAGAGCACAUUCCGUGGCGCAUCGCCAGGGACACAGCUUGCUCCAGGGCUGGAUGCGUGCCCGAAGCCAGCCGCGGGUGCUCGCCGCCAGAGAGAAAGCUUCGGGAGCAAAACUUACUUCCUUGCUGCACUGUCGCCAAUCCCGCUUUUCAUAGUAACAGUCGUUCAUCUUCGUCUGUUCGGCUGUGGCAUUGCUUGGACUGUUCUCGCUUUGUCGUCGGCUUUGGACAUCUUGAUACCCCCUCUGUCCUCUCUUUUCUCGCGGGGACUGAGACAAGUGAGGUCGAAAAGAGAUUUUCGCAGCCAAACUCUCUGCUGGAGGUCGACGCAGACGCCCAACGCUCAGAUGGCCGCCACCACCGCCGCCGCUUCGACCAAGAGGCUCAACGUCCUGGUCUACUCCGGUGGGCAAAGCUAUUCUGAUUGGAGACGCAACGUUCUGACCGAUUGUUCAGGGAAUGGAGCGACUGUGGAUUCUGUCCGCCAAUGUCUGUUUUCACUGCGUCGCCUGCUGGCGCCGAAUUAUGCCGUGAUCCCCGUGACGGGUGAGAUGAUAAUCAAUGAGCCAUGGACGUCGAGCUGUGCUCUCUUCGUUAUGCCCGGUGGUGCAGAUUUGCCGUACUGCAGGACCCUGAAUGGCACCGGGAACCGAAGGAUUAGCCAGUUCGUUAGCCGCGGAGGCACCUAUCUGGGAUUCUGCGCGGGCGGCUACUAUGGCAGUAAACGCUGUGAGUUCGAGGUGGGGAAUAAAAAGCUCGAGGUUGUCGGUGACAGAGAGCUGGCCUUUUACCCUGGGAUAUGCCGUGGCUCGUCGUUUAAAUCUUACUACAAUGGUGGCGGCGUCUUUGUCGAUGCGCCUAAAUUUGCUGAUCAAGGGGUCGAGGUUCUCGCGAGCUAUACUGAGCCCCUCAAGGUUGAUUCGGGCGAAGGACUGGCCGCGGUAGUGUAUUGCCGCGUCGGUGACGGUGCUGCUAUACUAACCGGGCCACAUCCAGAGUUUGCCGCCUCCAACUUGGACAGAAACGCAGACGGCCCAGAAUUCUGCCAUGUAAUCGAUACCCUGGCCGAAAACGACGAGGCAAGGACCGAAUUCUUACGGGGCUGCCUGAAAAAGCUUGGGCUUCAGGUCAAUGAUGAAACAGCAGCGGUACCGGCUCUCUCCCGGAUGCACCUGUCCGCCUUGGAGCCAGAUGCCGCUACGGACCUUGUUGUAGUUCUUCGGGAGAUCGUCACGGUAGAAGAUGGAGAGGAUUACAUCAAAGACGACAGUGAUACUUUCCGCCUUGAACGCCCGUCCCCGCUGAGCAUGCAUAAAGUGGCCGAUGCGCUUCCUGGCGCUGUGGAGGAGGAAGCCGAGCAGAGUUCGAGCGAUGAUCGAAUUGUCGAUUAUAGCAAAAUUAUCAAAAAUAUUGUCCUCCACGAAGAUUAUCCAUCGCCCGUCGAGACUCCUCGUUUUAAUCAUCAGACCUUUUACGCCAUGAUUAAAGAGUAUAGAUCGCAAUCUAGAGAAUCUUUAUCAGAGUUCGGUUCCCAUGUUUUAUACGGAGAAGUUGUGACGAGUACAAACUCUCUGUUGGAGAAGAAUACACAAAUACUUCGCAGACUUCCAAACGGCUUUGUGGCAACGGCCAACGUUCAAGUCGCCGGUCGCGGCCGCGGUUCCAACGUCUGGGUUUCUCCGCCAGGCCAGGCAAUGUUUUCGGUCUGCAUCCGCCAUCCAGUUGAGAAAUUUGUCGCCGCCCCUGUCGUUUUCAUCCAAUAUCUUGUUGCUAUGGCUAUCGUCAAGGGCAUAAAAUCAUAUGAUAGGGGAUACGAAAACAUGCCCGUCAAGCUAAAAUGGCCAAACGAUAUUUGUAUAUACCCUCCAGCCCUAUUCCAUCUCACGAGUGAACGCUGA